GCCCGUCCCGCUGAGCUCUAGAUCCGUGGCGCGCUGGUGGGGUGUGUGGCCCGCCGCCCUCGCGAAACUUUCGGGGUGUGCCAGGGAAGAUGAAAGCCAAGGGGGUCGCGAGGGAGCCCUCUGCUGCCUCCACCUCUUCUGCCCAGGAGGGCUCCGUCCUUCUGGGAGCUCCUCACCCAUCGGAUCGGGACCCCUUCGCUGGAAGGGAGACGGUCGAGGCGAUCGACCUGACUCUGGACGGGCUUCUGUAUGCUAGAAGCAGCGAGGAGGAAGGGGACGACGACGACGACGACGACGAGCAGGAAGAGGAAGAGGAGCAAAAGUCGUGUCUCAAGGAGCGAGAACGGCUAUCUGGGUCCUCCUUGGUCCAGGAAAGCUCCGGGCUACCGUCGGGCAAAGAUGCCCUGGACAGGGUCCUGGACACCUUUCUGACCCCGUCCUCCAGCCAAGCCCACUCGGACAGCCCCUCGGCGGCAUGGUCGUCUUUCUUCGGAUCGGAGAUCCCCGAGUUGGCCGGCGGGCUACCGAACCGGCGCCCCCUCGACGGCAAAGAAGGCGGCGCGCCCCCAGACGCCGCUUCCCUGCCGCCUCCGCCGCCUUCUCCUGCGGCCACCGCCUCGCCUUCCCUUUGGAAGGCGGCUAGGGAUGCGGAGGGAGUCGCUUUUAAGAGCCCGAGGGGCAGGGCCCUAGUCCCCGCCGCCUCGACGCUGCCGAAGGGAGUGCAGCAACCCGGCUUGGCGGAGGAAGACCUGGCCACCGGCACUAGCGCCGCGGCGGCCUCCUCCUCCCCCCCC